GCAAAGUACAUGUACUUGGGAAAACUCAAUGGAUGGGAUGAGUCAGAGGAGCACGAUGCAGGCCCAGCCUGUGGCUGAUGCUGUAUAUAGCCCUCUUGGUACCUUGCUGGCGGUAACCGUCAGCUGCUCAUGUGAAGACGAGAUGCUCCAUAAACACCGGAAAAGGUUCCAAGUUGGCUUGCUUGCAUGACGUGACGGGCGUCUUGCCUAACCCACAGACAAGCUGCGACAAGAAUGGAUGCGGCCUUGACCUUUUUUGGAUCGAUAAGAGCUGCAAUGAGGGACUGCUACGGGGACCCUGGGUAAGAUGCCCACUUUCUAUCUUCCUCGUUCUGCCUUCUCUCUCUUGUUCCUUUAUUUGGAGAGUGGGCUGUGGCAGAGCAUUCCUUUUCACACAUCAUGUACGCGAGCUUGCUGCGGGUGUAAGACGCUAGCCUUGCCUGCGUCACACGACGUGAUGUUGUUGGGAAGCUAUAGCAAGCCGUGCUUUGAGGUAUUUUGGAGCCUCUCUCUCCAAGGAGGAAGAGUCAAGAUACCCGUCUCCCCG